GGAGGAAGCCGGAAACAGCCGCGAGCAGCUCUAGCUCCUGAGAUAUGGCGGGCGUUAAAGCUCUGGUGGCAUUGUCUUUCAGUGGAGCUAUUGGGCUGACCUUUCUUAUGCUGGGAUGUGCCUUGGAGGAUUAUGGCGUUUACUGGCCCUUGUUCGUCCUGAUUUUCCACGUCAUCUCCCCCAUCCCCCAUUUCAUUGCCAAAAGAACCACAUAUGAUUCGGAUGCAACCAGUAGUGCCUGUCGGGAGUUGGCAUACUUCUUCACUACUGGGAUUGUUGUUUCUGCCUUUGGAUUUCCUGUUAUUCUUGCUCGUGUGUCUGUGAUCAAAUGGGGAGCUUGUGGCCUUGUGCUGGCAGGCAAUGCUGUCAUUUUCCUUACAAUUCAAGGCUUUUUCCUUGUAUUUGGAAGAGGAGAUGAUUUUAGCUGGGAACAGUGGUAGCCCUUGGUUCUGAGAAUAAGUGUUGAAUUUCUUAGUAUUUGUACUCUAUGUAUAUGUGUGCACAUGUGGCACUUUAUUAAUUAACUUGCUGACUAUGGAAUUUAGUAUGCUGACUAUUUUAUACCUUUAUAUCAUGAUCAUUUUGAGGAAAACUUCCCAAGCAAUGGAGUAGUCUUAUUCCCUGAAAACAGACCUCUGCAUUUACUCAAGUUGAAUUAUGUCAUUUUUUUUAGCUAUUCCUAUAGUCAGGAUUCUUUCAGCAAAUGUAUUAACACAGUCUUGUAGAUAACUACUCACUUAUGCAGGGCAUCUACCUUUUAGUCUGUGCUGUGCUUGGGUAGCAGAAAGCAGGUCUCUUUAUAGCCCAGAAAGGCAGAGUUGCUUUCUCUGUUGUAGACUCUUGCUACUCAAAAUAUGGUUCACAGACCAUGAGCAUCAAGGGUCUCAUAGGAGUUUAUUUGAAAAAGUAUAAGGAGCUCCACCCCCAACCCUGUGCAUUUUGGUGAG